GCUACCGUUACUUGUGAGGUGUGACAUAAAGAAUCUCUUGGCUGUGCAGAAGAAUCCUGUACCAAUAAACAGGGAAUUAACCACGCAGAUCAUAGGAUCUAUCAAAGCGCAAGCAAUGACGUCUGCUAAGAAUUGUCUGAGUAAAUCUGAACGCCAAAGGAGCGUUAAUAUAUAUCCUCUGCUCCAUCUUGUGUUUCUCACAUACCCAUCGCACUUGUCUUCUGGGGUUGUUUUUCUUUAGUUCUCUGUGGAUUUUUAAACAAUGGCCGACGAGUUUGUCCUAAUGCACUUCUUUCCUAGCCCUUUUGGGAUGAGAGUGAAAGUCGCCUUGGCUGAGAAGGGAAUCGAAUAUGAACACAAGGACCAGAACCCGUUCGACAAAAGUCCUCUGCUACUGGAGAUGAACCCAGUCCACAAGAAGAUCCCUGUUUUGAUACAUAACGGGAAACCCAUUUGUGAAUCUUUAAUCAUAGUUCAAUACAUUGAUGAGGUUUUUAAGGAUAGGUCUCCUUUGUUACCCUCUGAUCCUUACCAGCGUGCACACGCCAGAUUCUGGGCUGAUUUCAUCGACAAGAAGGUUCACCCAACUGGGAGGAGGUUAUGGGCCGGCAAAGGGGAAGAUCAAGAAUCAGGAAAGAAGGAAUUGCUAGAGGGAUUGAAAUUGAUGGAAGAAGAGCUUGGAGGCAAGCCUUACUUUAAUGGUGAGAGCUUUGGUUUUGUGGACCUGAGCUUUGUCCCCUUUAAUUCUUGGUUUUACACCUAUGAGAACGUUGGCAAAUUCAGUAUGGAAGUUGAAUUCCCAAAACUGGUUGCUUGGGGGAAAAGGUGCAUGGAAAAGGAAAGUGUGUCCAAGUCCCUGGCUGAUCCACAAAUGGUUUAUGAUUUUGCUAUGGGACAUAGGAAGAACUUGGGAUUAGAGUAAAGGAGAUUAUGGAUACAGCAAUGAGACUGCUGAUGCUUUCCUUGUUUUUCUGUCUCAUCAUCCAAUCUGAGCCAAAACUGCAGAGUUGAGAAGACUAAAUAAUGAUAUAAAGUGAUUAUGUAUCCUAAGUUGUAUGAAUUCUGAAUUCAUAAGGGUCUAAGAGAGGUGAAUUGGGGUGGGUCUUGACCUUUUGGAAAUCUUCUGCAUGAACUCUGUUCUCAAUUUUCUUUUGUAUUUGUAUAAGAUGUGAUAUUGAUCAAGGCUUUAAUGAUCUUAAUGUGAGUCUUUGUGAGCUUAUUUUCCUUAAUUGAAUUCAGCUUCAUUAA